AUGUUACAUGUUACGGAAAUGUACCGACAUGAGACAGUGGGGAUCGCACCAAACGCAGAUUGUGUUAAGGAAGUGGUCGCAUGCCAGUGUGAAUUAGGUCGGGAAAAGUUGCUUACAGCACCACCAUAUAAGAAAGUCAGUACUCCAAGAAACGAUGAUGCGAUUUCUCGAAAUCUCACUGCGCCAUGCGCGAGAGAACUCGAACAAUACAAAUGUCCAGUCAGUCACACUCUCGUCUCGUUCAGAUCACCUCUACGCCCCAACGAAGUGUUCAAUAAAGUCUUCCCAUCUAGCACGCCAAUUAAAUACGUAAAGCGCAAAUUAGCGAAAUUAUUAUCAGUAUCGAAUAACAACCUGUUAUUAACAAAGAACAGAAAUGUUUUAAAGGACACAAGUCUUCUAUCCGAUUUGAAAACCGACGCUCUAGGAAAUCUAACAGUCGACGUAUACACAAAGGAUUCUGAAGAAUUCUCUCUGUCGUCUGUCCCAAAGGAAUCCUACGUCCAUGAACUGCUUCAAUCGGUUCUCCCAAAAAAGAAAACGGUGGCAUUUAUAGCUAUUAAAUUUCGUGUCCGCAAUCAGAACGGUAUAUUCACGCGCUCCUACCACUCUAUUAUGAAGAUACACGAAAUAAAGAAUAAUUUAGCUGGGGUCUUUCAAGUCGACCCGGACAAUUUAGUUUUGCUGAGAGCGGAUCGUCCGCUGAAAGAUCGCAUGGCUCUUUUGGACUUGGAUUACGACAAAUACGGCAUUGUCGAGGUGGAGCUUUUGACAAAAAAUAAUGUGAAAUUAAAUUUAGACAAGCUUUACAGAGAAAUGCCUAUGAAUGACGUGUUGACUGUGAUGGUUCCGUUUGGCACUACUUUGAAACAUAUUAAUGUGGAAAUAUUUUCGGAUCUCAUGAAAAAGCCUUUCUUGGGCGGUUAUAGAAACAUUCAUACGGGAGCAAUUUACCACCAUGCCUAUACCCAAACACCUCAGAAACCGGAAAAGUUGCUACCCGAAAACAAAACUUGUCGCGAUACCCAGACAGCUGAGAUGCGUGAAAAAAUAUAUGACACAGCAUACAGUCGAGCGACUCAAAUGAACACGGUUCACGCUUACAUUCCCAAUGUCACCGAUAGGAUUGUUGUGCCUGGAAAAUAUGAGACGUAUGAAGAAAUGAUAGACCGACUGAACCACAACCACUACGCUUCAAUUAUUCAGCGAGCCUUUAGACAUCAUCAAUUCAGGCAAAAAGUUGACAGAUGGCUCAGCGAAUGCAAGGAGAGAAUAGCUAGAAUGAAAGAGGAAGAGAGGCUGGAACGUGAAGCAAUGGAACGUCGUUUACGCGGAGACCUUAUAACGAAGACCUUUCCGAAAACAAGAGAAGAUUUCGAUCAACUUUAUUCGAUGGUCGAUCGAUGGAAACAUGCGGAAAUUGCAAGAAUAUCUCAGCUACACUCCAAAGGUCCUAAAAUAGCUGAAUUUACUUUGCUCCUCGAUAAAGAAGUCGAACUACUACGGUGCAUUGAAGCGUAUAGAAUUCAAGUGAAAGAGGACAGCCGAAAGAUCAGAGAGAAACAGUUCCUAGAGCAAAUAUCGAAACCGUUCGCGUGGUACGGCCGCGAUGGAAAACUAAUAACUAUGGACACGGUCGAAACCCAAAAGGCUAGGAAACUUAAGGAAUUGUACAACGCAUUUCUACGAGACGACAUGGAGACCAAUGAGCGAAUAGAACUGCUAGUCGAUAUGAAGUUUGCAUUGCAAGAAUUCCGACACCAUUUAGCGGAAGAAAUAAUUACGCUCUUAGACAGAGAAUGUGACUUGCUCGUCCGAAGGUGUGACGAUCACCAACUAGAAUUUCUGAGACGCAGGAUUACCGCGAGUCUCUUCCGACUGAUCAAAACAUCCGAACUAAACUCGGGCGUUACCAAAUGCAAUGAGAUCAGAGAAUAUAGGAAGAUGCAAAACGAGCGGCUAUACUUUUGCGAGAUGUGCCAUCAAGUUAAACUUUACAAGGACUUCCCUUUGAACGCAAAAAUAAGCGGUUUCCUAGUGUGCACAUCGUGCUCGUGGAAGGAUGUUAACGAGCGCAGUUGGGUAGAUAUGACGCCGUAUAAGUUUAUACUGAGAGCGGUACAACGCGACGAGAGGAAGCGUAAAUGUUGGGGAUCACUCGCUUUCGUUUUACAGGAGAAAGACAUAUUCUUUAUAGUGGAAAAACUGUGGUACGCGCAUUCGGCCAUCAGCGAAUGUGGAGAUUUAUCGGAGCUGAGGUUAUGUCGAUGGCACGUCAACGAAGACUGGUCUCCGUGGAAUUGUUUCCUCGUCACCGUUCAAGAGAUGAAAGCCCACAUUAAAUUAGAUGAGCCAGAAGAAGUGUACGACGAAGAGCUCGUGCAAAAGGUUCAAAAUAAACAUAAGCUGGCGAAGGCUAACUUUGAGCAGCUCAUGGCGGUUAACAAACGUUUCACGGAAAGCGGGGAUUGGCCUACGAUUCGAGCUCCCGCUAUUGCCAGGACGAAAGCGGUUGAUAGAAUAUGA